UCGUAUCGCGCAAAACUCGCAACUCUCACUUCGCUCGCUCCCCCCAUCGACAUCGCUGCGAAGGCCCCCUUCUUUAAACAGAAGUUGCCCAGGCAGGGCAAGCAAGCAACUUGGCCGGGCCCCCCUCCACGCUUCGUCUUUUCGUCUGCUACAGGUCGUCGUCUGCUGCUGUUGCUGCUGCUGCUAUACCUGUACUCCUGUUUGCGAUCGUCUGCUCGGUGUGGCGCGGCAUGGCUUGGCUUGGCCGACGGCAUAGGAGACGUUGAACGUAGGAAACAUGCGGGCGCCGCGCCACCCGGUGAAGAAGAGAGAGACACAUGCCCCGAUGUUUUCUCGGGGCAAACGUUUGAGCAAGCCUCCCCGAGAGGUGUGUGCUGCUCGCGCUGCGGCAUGAUUACCUCACGAUGUUCGGCGUUGGGAUUCUGCUCGGCGCCGCCGUGACACGCCCGCCGAACCCGUGCUGUGGUGCUCGCGUGCUGGCGCGAGUUGUUCGUGCGGGUGCCACCGUGUCAACAAGCCAUGGAUCAAUCCGGUGAAGACCGAGAGAGUCACAGGAGUCGACCGCCCUCCGAGCAGCUGGCGGACCUGCACGUGUACAUUAUCCCCGAGGAAAGAUGGCUGCGGAAGCGGAAGUUGGCUCGGAACUACGUGGUGGACUACGCCAUUUCCGCCGGAUUCAUACGAGUCCUGCCCACUGCUCGCCUGGUGGACGUGCGGCGGGAGAUCAACCGGCAACUUGGCCACGACGUGGUUCCCAAGGAGUACGUCUUCCUUCGCAGCGUCGGAAGGAACUUCACCCAGGUGAAAGACUUUCAAGAGAUGGACCUGAAGGCGAAGAGCUUCCUCCCUCCUUGUGCCAGCGAGCCCGAAAUCUACCUCAAGUCCGGCCAGUUCGCAGACCAAGGCUGGUUGCAUGGUGACGACAGCGGGCUCGACGAAGCCUACCUGGACGCAAGACGAACGCACGAAAUCAUCGAAAGAAGGAUAGGCGUGCUCACUCCGCCGUCCUUCUCGAGCCCCGACGGCUUCCUGCCGCAUUUGGACUCGACGCGACUGCUCCUCUCCCGACCGGGCAAGGCGCGCCGGUCGGCCGGUAACGGUGCGGUCGCGGGCGGCGCCACAACCGCCACCACCACGUACCAGUGGUCCAACGGCGGCACCGCCGGAGCCGGACCGUACCAACAGCACCGCGUGACCACCACAACGACCACGACUACGCACCGGUCCACGACCACCGUCGAAGAGACGAGCGUCAGGGACCAGGUGCACCUGCUCAGGCUUCCCGCGCCUCCCAGGGACGAGAAGGACCUAGUGGAGAGGGAGGGGAAGCCGGAGGAGGAAGAGGAGGAGAGUGAACGCCAGCAGCAGGCUCUCGACGGCCAGUCAGAAGACCGGGUUCACGAGGAGCACACCGUAGGGGAGGCCGACGGCCCCGAACUGAGCGACGCGCCCCCGCCGGCCUCGUCGGUUCGGAGAAGACCCUCGGUGGCCUCCUCGUCCCCGGCGGCGCCGGUCACCGGCGCCGAUGCCAAAGACCUCGCCGCGCAAGAGGUCGACGACGCCAGGUCCAAGGACCAGAGCGACAACGACGUCGACGACGCUUCGGCCCAGCGCGAUCAACAGCGCGAGCCCAGCGAAGCGACACCCUCGCCGGCGGCGUCUGUCAGAGACCGCCGCAGCCGCAGCGACGGAGCGGGCACGAUCACGCUGACGCUGCCGUCGCCCACGUCGGGUGCCCCGGCUCGCACGUCUCUCGGGCCCCAGAGGAGGCCGAGCCUGACCGAGUCCCGACGCAGGAGCGUGGCCACCGUGCCCGUGGUGGAGAGCAGCAGGCUAACGGUGCCGACGUUCCAACAGCAGCCGCGGAAGCUGAGCUUCGCUGGCGGAUCGUUCGGACCGAGACGCGGUGACGAAGACAGUGGGGGCCAAAGAUUGAAAACACGAGCACAGAGCGAAGAGGCACUCUCGCAAGAUUUCGAAGGGGAGAGCGAGCGACGACCUCGGAGGAGGCCCAGUCGCGAAGCCGAAUCGCGCCGCUCGAGCACAGCCGUUUCCGCAGACCGCGAGGAGCAGGAAGCCGACACCAAACCGGAAGCUGACGCUGAGGCGAAAGCGGAAGUAGACGCGGCGGAAGCUGCGCGGGACCGCGGCAGCAGCAGCGCGGAGGGAACGUCCUCGGAUCAGGAACCGCGCGCGGGGGACCGCGUUGAGGCGUCGCGUUCGAGAGAAGAAGUCACUAAGGCCGCGUCCGAAGCCGAGAGGGAUCGCGAGGAGGAGGAGGAGGCUAAGGUUGAGGACGGGUACGGCGGGCGCGAGGAGGCGGAACCGGUAGGCGAGUCGCGUGACUACUUCCGCGAGGAAGGUCCCUACCGUUUGGAAGUGACCGAGGAAGAAGAGAACGAGGAGAGUGCGGUCGCGCAGGCGACUUCAGACGCGCCCGUAGGUAAGGUAGGCGACGUCAUCGCCGCGCCGUCGAGCCAGCGCACGUGGAAGGCAACUGGUGGUGGCGACCGAGCAUCCCGAAGGAGUAAGUACCCCAGCAGCGUAGGACAACCCCAACUCCAGAAGCAGCAACAAAAGCAGCAGCAGCAGCAGUACACGCGGGCGCCAGCGGCGACUAGAGGUGGUCCAAGCAGAAAACCGGCGGUAGCCGGUGGUGCGAAGGCGGCGUCGCAGACCGCGAUGAGCGUUCCCGAAAAAGUAGCCGGUGUACGGAGCCGGAAGCAGUCCCGGGGCCAGUCUUCGGGAGUCACGGUCCAAGUCGCCAAAGUGCGGCUGGUUCCAGGCAGGCCUGCGGCUGAGGCCGGAACGGCCGACGCCGAAGCCGAGGUGUCGGAGAUCAGGGAAUACGUGAGGCGAGGCGGCGACAGGAUUCGAGACGACGGCGGCGAACGCGACGCGUCCAGGAGGGCGUCCAGGAAGGCGGUGAACAACGUCGACACGGCGCGCACGGUGGUCGAGAGCUACAGAAAGAGCGACGCCGCCGCAGCGGCGGCGGCAAAGAAGCCGAAGAGAGAACGGACCUUCGACGUUGAAGUGUACGUGACUGAACUGGGCGAGGCGGGAACGCAGACAGGGGGAGGGGCCGGAGCUUCCGGGAAGGCCGUGAAGGAACGUGGGUCCUCGUCCAAGGGCGGAGGCGGUGGCAGUGGCGUACGGCGCCGGUCCAGGAGUCACAAGUCGUUGAGCAAGAGUGACACUCGCGGCAGCUUGCUAGGCGACAGUGGACACGUGAGGGCCGACAAGGGCGCGGACACCACGGACGCGGACGCGAGUAGCCUAGCCGAUAGCGCAGGGUUUAGUCAAGACAAUCCGUCGUUAGAAGACAACGGCGGAGCCGAACGUGAACGGUCUGAUAUUGAACUAGACAGAUUAGAAAAUAAACGAGACAUCGAUGACGCUGGGAACGGCAUUGACGGGAAUAUUUCUGCGGACGAUGAAGGUUCUGUUGACGAAAAUGGAGUUGAGCGCGCUUUCGAUCCGAGCGAAGUUUCAGACCGUGAUUUGGAUAGCCACGUAGAUGGCGACGAAAUCAAGCCUUCCGUGGCGGAGUUACUAAGCUCGGCUAAUGCGCCUGAACUGAGGGAGAAAAUUGAAAGUGCAGAACGGAAUGAACUCGGCAGCGAUGCGGUGCAGCCAGUGACGCCAGAAGACGCAGGCAGGAUAAAAUCUAGCGAAGAAAGUGCCGCCGGUGGGGAAGCAGGUGAUGACAUGUUGGGCCGGAACGCGGCGCAUAAGCCAGAGGUAGCCGAGGAACAUGAACACGGAGUUGAACCAAAUGAAGUCGAACAAUUAACAGGCACACCUGACCAGAAACAAGCAGAAGGUGACGAAGGCCAGAGGAGUGUUCCAGCAGCACCUGAUAAGUUUGACAAAACGGAAGGUCAUGUAAACACCACAGAUACCAAUCCAGAAGACAUAGAUUUAAGGCCAGUUGCCGAACCAGGCGACUUACGCGAUAUCCACGACGAACUAGGAAGGCCCGAGGAAAGUGACAACCAAAAGGAUACUGCCCCCAGUUCGAAUGACACAGAGGGAACAAAAGAAUUAGAAGGGGAUGAUUCGCACAAAUCCAUUCACAAAGUGCAAGAAAUUGAGACCAAUGAAACAAAUGACGACAAGAGUGCUGUCACAAACGAUGAAGUCAAGACAUUGGUAGGUGAUCAAAAUAACGCGAAGGAAUUCGAAGCUUCUCGUGAAGCAAGGGGACGCAUUCUAGAGGAAGGCAGUAAGGGCUUAGAUGGAAACAGCAACGACGACGCCAGCCAUGCUGAGGCUUCCGAGGCAAUGGUCGUAGACAAGAAACCCGAGGAACCACAGGACGUCCUUGACAAUGCCCAUAGCCAUGUUGAGAAUCAAGACGGCGACGUUACAAAAGUAGACGAUGCAGCAGAGGGACGGCUGGAACUCGACACAGAGAGAAACGUGUCCGCAGUUGGUACUCGACCAGGAACAGCUGUAGCAGCUGAGACAACUUAUUCUCAGGGCGAUAAAAGCCACAACGAGCUUUCGGCCGAUGACGCUUCAAGGCCAACUGGUGAACACGCAUAUGUCGAAGAUGGAGAAAACCGCGCGAGCACUCCAGAAGCAAAAUAUGAAUAUGGCAAUGCUAUGAAAGGCGUAUCAAUUGAAGAAGUUAACAAUGAAAAUAGUGAUGCUGCGGUAGAAUCAGAAGAAGCGGCUCGUGAGGCGAAUGAUAUCACUAAUGCCGCCACUGACACUGUCGCUGACACUUUGGACAUUGACGAGAAAGCGAGGGCCGAGGAAGCUGAUCAAGAAAUCGAGGAGAAUGUCAACGGUCUUCCAGAAGCUGAUCAAAAUGAACAGAAUGAAGAAUCGGUGCUUAAUGCAGUACCGAGCGAAUAUGUUACGAUUUCGAACGAAAACAACGAAAAUGCGAAAGCAAGCGAGGUUUCUGCAAGCGAAGUUGAAGCAUCGCCAGAUGCUGUAAACGAUGAAGAAGCGAACUACUCUAUCACUCACGAGGGUACAACAAUCGAACCCACGGCUUUUAGCGAAAACAACAAAAAAACGAACCACGUCGAAAAUUACGCGAGUGGACCUGCAGCCGAGACGUCACCACCUCUUGGAGACGUGAAUGAUGGGAAAUACGAAGACACACACACAGAAACGAAGGCAGACCCAAUGCCAAACGAGAAAAGCUUAGAAAAUGAUGAAGCUGACAACAGUGAUAAAACUCAAGACGGAAACUUAUCUACCACAACAAAGGAAAAAGAUGAGAAAGAGAGCAGUACUGAGCCAGAUGCAGCUGAGCCGGACGUCGUGCCGAGAGAUGAAGUACAGAUGACAAAUACUAGCGCCGAUAUCCGCUCUCGAGACCCAGCACAUAACGACAACAAGAAUGAAAAGCUUAACGAAGAAGACAUGACACCUAGCACGAGAGGAGGCACUUCUGAAGAAGGCGUAAGUCGAGAUAACGCACAAGAGGACGUUGCGCGCGAACCGAUCCAUGACGGCAACGAAGGACAGACGGAUGGUGCAUCCGAUACGCCGAACAAUCACGAAGCAACGGCCUCGGAAACCUUGCACCCUGCAGGGACUACACAAGAGGCGUUGGCCACACAGCACGAGGCGGAGGAGCAAGAGAAACACAAUCGUCGCAGCGAGGACGCUGCCUCUCCAGAUUCAGCGACGAUCGUUGAGCCCGAAGAAGGUAACGCGGAACCAAUCCUCGCUGCCGGCAAAGAAAAAUGCAACGAAGAGGGACAAGGUGACACACACCUUGAGGGCGAAAGCGUUGAUAACGAAGACCACAGUGAUUCGCUUAGGCAACACCCGCUUGUAGAGGGUCAAGAAAUAGAGAGAACAGAAGUGCCCGAACAGGAGCAGCAGGUAAGUCAGACCGAAGCCGAGGCACCGAACAUGGUUGGUGAAAAAGCUGAAGACGCCGACACCCGGGAGUCAGUCGAUAACGUCGAAGCGAACGUCGACCAAGAAACAGCUGCAGAAACAGCUCGUACGAGCGGUGAUACAGAGGGAGCUGGCAUCUCUGAGGCGAAUGCUGAAUUAGGGGAGACCGCAAAGGCCACAGACAGUGACGCAAGUACGGAACGAGCUGAGAAAUCUGAUGCCGAUGACGUACAAGAAGUACCGGCGAACGCAAAAGAGCUUCGCCACAGUACGAGUGAUACUAAUGAACCCGACGCCAAUGCCGAAGACGCCGUCAAAUCCGCAGAUCCAAAGUUACAUGCCGAGGAAACGGAAACGGACGUGCCCACUGCUACUACGGACCGCGCUUCGCCAACCACUGACGCAGACACGUCGCGUACCGAGGAGGACAGCGCGUUCGCCGAUGGUACGUACACCAGCACUCCCUCGCCCGCCACGAGCAGGGCCGAGUUGGCGUCGCCCAAGGACCUCCUCCGGGAGGGCGAGAACCUCGACGAAGGCAUCCUAGCGGACGAGCCGCCCGCGACGAGGGGCUCUCCGCAAGACCGGGAAGAGAACGGAGAAGGCGACGGCGCAGUCGACGCCGCGACUUCUUCAAGCAGCGGCCGUGGGAGCCGCGGUACCGUCACCGAAGUACCGCUACCCGUCACGCACACGCCGCAGAUCCGGGGCCCAAAACCCAAGGCUUCGAGGAACGCGGAAGCUGCGAAAGCGCCGAAAAUCAGGGCUCCGAAGGGCGUCAGCGUGCUGCCGUCGAGGUUCAAGCCUCCGACGACGACGAAACGAAACGCGAAGGAACAUCCCGUGAUUGCCGGGACCGGAGGCGUGCGGAGGAUCCGCUCCGACGGCGAGCACAUCCACCAGGCGUCCGUGGCUGCGUCGAGAACUGCGCUGACGACGCCAGAGCAGCAUCCGGACAAUGCCAGCAGGCUGCUCGGCAGGCAUAGCCGCAGUGUAAACAUGGAGGAACAAGGACUCGUUGAGAUCGCGAGGCUACAGAAAAAGCUGGACACACUUCGAGAGGAACGACUCGCAUGCGAAGCCAAGAGGGAAGACCUUCUGCGACGCGCAAAGUUCCUCCAAAGCAAGGCUACGUCUACACGGGACCAAGCACGCGACAUGUGGCGCCGCCGCUACGCCGAGGAAAAGAAGAUCACGCCCAAGCUGGAGGAAGAGAGCGCCCGCUGGAGGCUGGAACUGGAGCGGCUGCACCGGGAGCUGCUCGCCAGGGUCGAAGGAGAGCUGCGCCUCACCGGCUACCCACGCUUCGAGCAACCCUCGAACAAGCUGAGCUACAAAAUAAUGAUCGCCAAAGUGCUCCAGGAGAUUGAAGACCUGAAGCGGCGCCUGGAGUACACCCGAAUAUCUCUCGGAGCUGAAGUCAGGCUACGAACGCAUGCAGAACGGGAAGUAAAGAACCUGAGGGAGGAUCUGCUGAAGAAGAAAAUCCAGGUCACCCUCACAAAGAAAGAAACACAGUCCGUGAUGGCACCGUUCCUCAGAGACUCCUUCUACUUCGUCGGUCCCAUUUAAGAGAUCGCCGCCAGACACACCAAUAUCUGAACUGUAUGUCACGCUCUAUAGGAUAAUAAAAAAAGAGCGCAGAAAAGAUUAUAAGGUACUGUAAAGAGGAAGUGUUAGCGAAACGUUGCCCAUUGCUACGACACCGUUCUUGUUAUCCGCUUUGUUCGGCGCUCCCAGAUAGCUUUGACAUCAUUUCAAACUGGAAAAAAGAAAGAAAAACUGGGAGUAACUGUAUCCAGUCGCAGUUUAGCGAGAUGGCGUCGUUCAGAGAGAACCGUAUGU